UGUUACCGAUAAUUUUACUUUCCAUGCACGUGGGCCUGUUUAGUGUUUAAAUUUAUUGAAUAUAAAAAAGUAGUUAAACAAAUGUCUUCGUCUUUUUUUUUAAAGCCAGGCGCGGCUAAACAAGCCAACAAAAAACGCAAGAAUAUUGCGGCAAAAGCAAAAAAAGGCGUCACAAAACCAGGGAAACGUACCCAAAAUGCAGCAGCUCCACCGCCUAAAAAACAACGACGAGCCAAAGUUGAUGAUGAGGAAAUCGCCAGUGAUGAUGAUGAGUAUGGCAGUGAUGUGGGCGGUGAUGCACUCACCUUCUCAGCUGACGAAGCAGAAGAAGCUGAAACACCACAAGACAAACGUUUGCGUUUGGCCAAACAAUAUUUGUCGGAGAUUGAGAGACAGGAGGCGGAACGUGCUGAAGAUCGGGAGCUAAGCAAAAGCAUCGAACAACGCCUGCAGACUGAGUAUCUGGAUAGUGUGGGGCGAUUAAGACGCAACAUUGCUGGCAACAUUAAAUCAUGCAUCAUAGAAGGGAACCUCAAACACAAGCUCCAUCACACGCCGUUGUGUGCUCUUGCCCUAAGUGCGGAUGGCAAAUACCUCUAUGCUGGCGCAAAGUCGCAAUAUGUGCUUCGUUGGUGCACGGAGAGUGGCAAAGUUCUGGGGAAAUGCGAUGUGUUGCCGCAUCGCGAGGAACCCGAAACCGGCAAGAAGCGAAGAUCCCAUGUUAUUGCCAUAUGUCUGUCUAGUGAUAUGAAGUUCAUGGCUAUUGCUGAGGGCGGUCCCCACAUACAGAUCUGGUGUCCACAGACAAUGAAGCAUGUGAAAACCUUUAAAGGCCACAGGGAUAAUGUUUCUGCAUUGGUUUUUCGCAAGGGAACGCAUGAAUUGUACUCAGCGGCCAAGGAUCGUUCAGUGAAAAUAUGGUCUUUGGAUGAAUUGGCCUAUGUGGAGAGCUUGUUUGGUCACCAGACGGCUGUCACAAGUAUAGAUGCAUUGAGUCGCGAGAGAGCAAUUACUGCUGGCGGUUCUGAUUGCUCAUUGCGCAUUUGGAAGAUAACGGAGGAGUCGCAACUGAUAUACAACGGACAUAAAGAUGGCAUUGAGUGUGUCAAACUGAUCAACGAUGAGCAUUUUGUAUCCGGCGGCGUUGACGGUGCAAUUAGUCUGUGGAGCGCAUUAAAAAAGAAACCAAUCUGCACAACACAAUUAGCCCAUGGGAAGGGAGAUAAUGCUGUAGCGAACUGGAUAACAGCAAUAGCCGUGGUGGUCAACACGGAUCUGAUUGCGACAGGUUCCUGCGAUGGAUGUGUGAGGCUUUGGCAAGCAAAUCCGAAUGCACGAAAACUUCAGCAGAUGAAUAGUAUAUCGAUUGGAGGCUUCAUUAAUGGUCUGACGUUUAAUGCAGAUGGCACAAAACUUUAUGUGGCCGUUGGUCAGGAGCAUAGGUUGGGGCGUUGGUGGCGGCAUAAAGACGCCAGAAAUAAUAUAGUUGUAGUUGACAUUAAGUUACAGAGCACAACCAGCAAAUAGGUUAAAUGUAAGCUUUAAUAAUGUUGUACCUAGAAGAAAUCGGCCGACUGUAUUGUAUGUCGAUCUUCAGUUAAGACAUAAAACUGUUUAUAAUGAAAGA